GGGAAAGAACCGGAAUUUGGUCUAAAAUCAUUGGAGGAGUCUUUUUUAGCCAAUCCGAAAAUGGGCGGGGUUAUUACUUGGUCAUACGAUCUUUGUGAAACGAUAUGGAUCAUGUAUAUUUAUAGCGCCGCUGUUAAGGUGUUUGGGACGAUUCCAGAUUUUAAAAUUCAAAAUAUUUUGUUUAUGUUUGACUUGUGCCGAUAGUAUGUCUUUAAACCGUGCAUUAGAUACAUAGUUAAAUGCAAAGGUAUAUCUAUUGAUCCCAUCCCCCUCCAAAAGCUGCAGUUAUUCAUUUGAAGAAAUCUCUCAGCAACCAGUGAGGUUACAUUGAUCUUUUUCAGCAAAUUUUGAUUACUCGUGUAAGAAUGGUUGUAUGCAAUGUAGUAACUGAGCACCACCGCUAGACGUCAUUUAUGGUGCAAGCGUAUCAUCAUUGUUGAUCAAAGCAGGUUUUGCAGUCGUGAUUACAUUGCGUCGUACUUAUCUUUGACUGUAAAAGAAUUUGCCUUGUAUUCCCAGAUUCUCUUGCAGUUAAUUUUUGUUUACAGUUGAAUUGUCAGUUGGAAAUUAUUAUCAUCAGCUUUUAAAAUGAAUAAUCAGCAACAGUUUGUUGUAAAAAGUGAUAAUCGGAAUUCUGAUGCAUCCACUUGCAUUGCAGGUUGUGUUUAUCGAGUAGUACAGACGUCUGGCCCAGAUGGCAGAAAUAUUCUAAACCUGAUCCCACUUCCUAAAACAGCUGGUAACCUUGUUCCAUUGGUUCCAUUGUCAGCUGCAUCUGAUGCAUCAAAAAUGAACAUGUCUUCUGCAGUCCGUAUUCCUUUGCCACCGCAACUUAGUCCUAGCCCAGCUGCUGCUACUGUCUCUGCACCUAUUCGUGUGCCUCCUGUACAACAGCCUGCUUUGGGGAAGUAUAUAGUAACAAAGCCUCCGCCUAAUAUGAUUUCUCAGAAGGAUGUUAUCAGAGUUCCUCCAUUUACUGGGAAUGCUACACCAGUUACAAAAAUUGCUUCAGUGCAAAGUACGUCUGCCCCUGUUACCAAACCAUAUCUGAAUCAGUUAUCCCUGGAGUCUCCAUCCAACAAAAAUGAGAAGGGGUACAUGGUAGUGAAUGCUAGAAAUGUGCCUGGUUCUGUGAAGUCAUCAGUAGUGAUGCCAUCUCUACAUCACGUUCAAAUAGCAUCAAAUGUAGAAGGCAAAUCGGUGAUGCCUACUUCUUCAUUGCCACCUACCCUCCAUAAAAAGAUACUGACAGCUGCUGCUGGUCCUUCUGAAGUUAACAGCCCUUCAAAAACAUCACCAGCUGUUAUUUAUAUGUCACCAGUAAGUUCACUUAAAGCAGCCCCUGUUAAGCAUUUGUCAGCAGUCCCUCCAAAAAUGGUUCCAGAAAUACCUGCUCCCAUACUGCAAACAGCGGCCUCUCCAGGAGUAUUAAACAGCAGUUCUGUUAUACAUGUUGUCCCUUCAGCUGGGCCGUCAGGUAUGAAUGAUCAGCAGGUCCAAGAUGCACCAAUGAAAUGGGUAGUUCAGGAAAACCCGCAGUCUGCGUCACCUUGUCUUGUUCCAAUGGUGUCUUCAAGCAGCACCCCUACAAAUGUUUUAAAAAACUUUUCAGAAAUGAAGUAUAGUGACAGUGGCCCAACAAAUCGUAUGCCAUUAAUUGCUAAUAGCUCUUCAGUAUUAACUGGAUCUCAGCUUGCUCAACUAAAAGACAAUGCUUUAGUUAUGUAUAAUGGAAAAGUUUAUGUACUGGCUAAGCGUGGAUCUGAAGUUGCUGCCAUGCAAGGUGGUAGUCAGAUUUCUCCAUUUACUGUUGCUGGUAGGACAACUAAUGAGGCUCAGCAGAGAAAUGAAAGCAUAAACAUUUUGCAGACUAGUACAGGAAAUCAGAUAUCAAAUAAAGUGGUCAACCUUGUACUGUCAAAAAGUAAAAGUCAAAAUUUUAUUCAGAAAGAUUCUAUUUCCAAAAAAAAUGAUGAUGUAUCAGAUUUUGUUUUAAGGAAUAUAAAAAUAGAACCAGCAGAAGUAUGCAGUUCAGAAAAUGAAAGAUUUCACACUGAUGUUCCUAAGCCUGUUGAAACCAUAAGUGUAGUCCAGAGCAUGAACAUUGAAAAUUUGCAAAGAGAACGUUUCAUGAGGACCAUACCCCCAGAGAAAGAAAGCCAACAUAUUAUCAGCACAGUGCCUGCUGAAAUCACAGCUACAAGGCAAAAUGUCUAUAUUGAAAACUUACAGCGAGAUCAUUUUAGUAAGAUGCCAUCUGAGAAUGAAGGUCCGCAAAGAAAUAAUACAAAGACUGCUGAAACCCCAGCUUUAACAGUACAGAGCAUGAUCUCCGAUAAAGGGCAGUCACGGACUGAGAGCGCAAAACCUGCAGAAACUGCAAACACAACAGUGCAGAAUGUAAGCGGUGAAAAUUUACCCUAUGACACCUCUCUGAGGAACAAAGGCAUUGGAUUUCAGGGGUCUCCAGCUCCCCAAAAGGAAACACAGCAGGAACCCAUGGCCGUUCAGACUCUACAGAAGAAGACCCAGGAGCGCCGCCAGAAUGUUAAAAAGUCACUCCGGGACCUUAGAUGUGAGACCAGGAAGGCUAAAAAGCAUCUGUCAGAAGCAGGACAGAAGAUGUCCUUAAGUGAUAGCGAGCUCAAAAAAAUGUAUGGAAUACAUUCAGAUAUUAAAAUAUGUCUUAAAAGGAUUGUGGUCUCAAGUUCGUCUGCACUGGUAAAAGAUAGUUCAGCUUCCAUUCUUAGUUCUAAUCAAGAAUCUGAUACAGAGGUUAUAUGUAUAACAGGACUACCAUCUGCAGGUAGAAGGCCAGCAAACAGUAAAACUCAACAGCUUCUCAUUAAUUUGGAGUGGGAUUCACCUAAAAGAAGAGCCUCCCCUGGUGCAGUGAGUAGUGCAACCCCAAAGAAGAAGAAGAGUGAAUCAGAUAGUGAACCUGCAGCAGAACCUUUGUAUGACGCAUCUAGGAGACACAGUGUGCAGGUGCCAUCUCCAAAGCCACUUUUUUCAAAACAGAAGAGCUCUCUCAAUUCAGAAGGAUCUGUUCUGGAAGGAGGAUCAGCAGAUGAUUCUCCAAAUGCUGAAUGUUUUACUGAAGAAAGCAGUUAUAGCAAGUCUACAGAUCCUACAAAUGAGGAACUCGAUUCUUCUGAUAAACUCAUUCUCGAGUCUCCAGCUGAUCCUGAUGAGAUUGUGAGAGAUGAGAAAAUAAGAAGGUUGAAGGAGCUGUUAAGGCAGAGGGAAGCAGCAUUAGAAGAAAUUCGAAAAAAGAUGCAAAACACUUAGCUGUUAAAUAAGUGAAUAUUUUGGACACUUGCAAUUGUAUUGCCUUUAGUAUUCACUCUUUAAAGUGUUUGCCCACUGGAACCAGCUAAUUAAAUAAUGUGAGAACAGUUUUAAUUGCAUUUUUUUAAAAAUACUAGAGAACAACAAAAUAACUUCUAUUACAAACUUGAAGAGAAUUUAUCCAGCCACAAAAAAAAAAAAAAAAACAAAACAAAGAAAGAUGCAGCAUUCAUUGGUGUGUAUUAAACGAUUUGUUCUCAUUCAGGCAGAAAGCAAACUUAAGCUCAACACUGAUGCACUUACCUGUUAGAGUCUUGCAGUCUUUCUCCAAUGAACUCUAACUUGCAAGCACAGAGCUUGAAUUUAACACCAUAUUUAAAUAGGUGGAGCUUGUAAGGCCAACAGUGACCCUUUUCAGACUAAUAAAAUAAGACUACCUGUUCACUUAGAAUCCUGUUCAAAGUAGGGCAUGAUGGCCUUAAGUUUUCUGUAAAUUAACGAUUGUUUUUUGAAUGACAAAAACGUAAACACCAUGAUUUCCACUGAGGAAUGACUAGUACUCUUCAUGGUGAUGAUCAUUGUUUUCACAAGUUGUGGGACUCUUCAACAAGUUGAGACUGUAAAAAAUAUUAAACUGCAAAGUGCAAAAUCACCUCCCGAUGUUAACUUCAUUUUUGUGUUCAGGAUUGGAUUAAAAAAGAUUGUUACCACAACAUACAAGUGGCAGCUACCUGUUUUUAUUAAAUCAAAAAGUCUGUAUUUCCACUAUGUAACCUUUGAUUUCAGUCUUCAUUAACGAAUCCUUAACCUUUACACAACCAUUUGACUAGAAUUUAUAGUUAGCCUUUGACAUCAUUUCAAGUAUUUUGAUCUCUAUGGAUAUUUUUAAGUUAAUAUAUUAAUUUGGAUUUUGGGGCUGGUGUAUUUAUACAUUUAACUGUUCCACCAACAUUUAGUAAAUGCUACAGUGCCCAGGCCCAAUUUGCAUUUGUGCGUGCUGUUUGGGCAUUGUAAUGUUUUUGCUUGCAGAUUUUAUUUUUUCUUGUAUUUGUUAUUAGACUGCAUUUCAAAAUGGUACAUGAAACGUGUUGCAUUUUGUUGCAACUGAACUUUUAUUGGAAAUAAAAUGAACUUUUCUACUUUCUGUAA